UUCGAUAGCCACAUCAUGGUGCUAAGUCUUGUAUCUGUUAAAUGUGAUUGCAAAGAUUUUGUUAUCUUGUCACAGGGUGCUCAGGCUGUUGGAAUGGGUAAGGAUGCUCAGAGUGUGCAAGCCGGUGCUGAACUAUUUCUAAAGGCCAAUGAGAUCCUUGGUUACGAUCUUCUGGAUGUGUGCUUGAAUGGACCAAAAGAAAAACUGGAUUCAACAGUAAUAAGCCAGCCUGCAAUCUAUGUUACAAGCUUAGCUGCUGUUGAAGUACUACGAGCUCGUGAUGGGGGACAGCAAAUAAUUGAUUCUGUGGAUGUCACAUGUGGUCUUAGUUUGGGAGAGUACACUGCACUUGCAUUUGCUGGAGCUUUUAGCUUUGAAGAUGGGCUCAAGCUCGUCAAACUGAGAGGUGAAGCCAUGCAGGAAGCUUCAGAUGCUGCUAAAAGUGCUAUGGUUAGCGUAAUAGGACUUGAUUCAGAAAAAGUCCAAAUGUUGUGUGAUGCAGCCAACGAGGAAGUUGAUGAGCAAAAUAAAGUUCAAAUUGCAAAUUUCCUUUGCACCGGAAACUAUGCAGUCUCUGGGGGAGUGAAAGGAGUGGAAGCAGUGGAGGCCAAGGCAAAGUCAUUUAAAGCAAGGAUGACAGUUCGCCUAGCUGUUGCAGGGGCAUUCCAUACCCGCUUCAUGGAACCUGCUGUUUCAAGGCUUGAAGCAGCAUUGGCAUUAACAAAUAUUAAAACUCCAAGAAUACCUGUCAUAUCAAAUGUUGAUGCCCAGCCACACUCAGAUCCUGACACCAUUAAGAAGAUAUUGGCCCGUCAGGUUACGUCUCCUGUUCAAUGGGAAACAACAGUGAAGACUCUAAUGAGCAAAGGUCUCAAAAAAAGCUAUGAAUUGGGGCCAGGAAAGGUUAUUGCUGGGAUAGUUAAAAGGAUGAAUAAGGGGGCCGAUAUUAAGAACAUUACUGCGUAGCGUAACAAGAUUCAUUUUCCGAGAACACCAUUUCCACAGAGUAUGCAGGCAAGCUCUUUGUAUGAUCCAACAGUGUAUGCACACAUAAAAUAACCCUUUUUGUUCCUUGACUAUCUUAUGAAAAUGUUUUUGUGGCGAUUCCUUUUCUGGGAUUUUGAGAGUUAAUAACUUUGUAGAACCAUUCAUUAUACUAUUCAUUAAUACUAUGAUGUGAGAUUUUUGAGUGUCA